GUAAUGAUUGCCGGACAAGGGCGUAUUGAGGCUGAAGCUUCGCUGAGACCAACCCAUGGGUUGAUCAUCUGACGAAUAGAUAUAAUUGGAACCUUGCACGAGUCAAGAAUCCGGGAAUCAUCAAUUUAAUAUCCUCUUUAGCACAUCCGCUCCCCACACCGAACGUAUGUAACAGAUUAUCUUCAGUAGUAUCCGACCAUCUCAUAAUAGUACACCGAGAUGUCAUCCGUCAAGGCAGUUCGCUGGUGACACGCUGCCGAUACGUUGAUCCUGCGAUAUAGCACCAGUCCUACCGUUCGCCUAUCUCAGCACUCAGCACCAUGCUGCCUUCAACACUUCCACCAAUCCCGCCAAACCUUCAGACAUCCAAUUAUGCUCCACAGGAGGAUGCACAACGGGAGCGUUUCACUGCCGCCUCCAGCGCCGCAAUCGUUUUUAUUAGAGCGAUCCGUCUCAAGUCUGCCCACAGCGGAGGACAAAAAUUGUUUCGAUCUUUCCCAGGGGCUGUGUUAAGUAUGUCACCGUCAUUGAAUACGUCUGAGAACGAAUUAAUUGCGGAAGGACCGACGGUUGGUUGGCCUGAACUAUCGUUCCACAGACUUUCAAGACCAUCAAAUGACAGUGAACACAUUACACUGGGUUUUCGUAGCGCACUGAAUUGCACCAUUUUUCCAGUGGGGCUCAAUUCUUGUCACUUUGAGAUUCGGUGUCCCUCGUUCAGUAUCGUUGAGUUACAUAUUGAUAAUACUCGCAUUGGCAACCAACAAAUAUCUCAAGAUGUAUCCAACGCCCUCUAUUCUACACACCUGCAACACCAAAUAUCCGUAACCCAAAACGACAAAUCACCAAACUCUUAAGAUGAUACUACAAGAGAAGAGGACGCGACGGAAAAGCAUCGCGUUCGCCUGACUCCUUCUAGAUCUUUUGUGUUUCGUGGGUGUGAAACCGCGCGUAGCGACGGUGAUGACUAUGUCCGAUGGCCC